GAAACCAAACCAGCCUUAUUUGACAAAGCACAAGACCCCUCGCUGCCCCAAGACUACUUCCUGGUCUCUCUUUCUUGAGCUCAGAGGACCCAGGAGUCCAGGUGCACAGCCUCCUCCUCUCUGAGAUUCAAGAGUCUGAUCAGCAGCCUCUUCCUCCGCCAGGACCCAGAAGCCCCAAGCUUACCCUCAUGGAGCGCUUCCGGUCCCUGGCCCUGCUUACAGGCUCCCUGGGCCUGAUUUUCUGCCUGAUUGCUUUGAGCACCGAUUUCUGGUUUGUGGCUGAGGGUCCCACCUUCUCAGCUCACUCGGGCCUCUGGCCAAAUGGGCAUGGGAACCCCGUAGCAGGUUACAUUCACGUGACGCAGAGCUUCAGCAUCCUGGCUGCCCUGUGGGCCCUGGUGUCCGUGAGCUUCCUGGUCCUGUCCUGCAUCCCCUCAUUGUCUGCUCCCGGCCGAGGCCCCUUUAUCUCAACCAUCACAGCCUCUGCUGCAACCCUCUCUAUGGUAGUGGCCAUGGCGGUGUAUACCAGCGAGCGGUGGAAUCAACCUCAAGACCCCCAGAUCCAGACCUUCUUCUCCUGGUCCUUCUACCUGGGCUGGGUCUCAACUUUCUUCUUGCUCUGCACAGGUUCUCUGAGUCUAAGUGCUCACUGUGGUGGCCCCAGGCCCGGCUAUGAAACCUUGUGAGUGGAAGGCAAGAACGGCAAGCUGAGUUUUGAGCGCUGUAUUCCAAAGGCCUCAUCUGGAGCCUCGGGAAAGUCUGGCCCCACAUCUGUCCCGCCCUUCCCCAGCCACUCCUGUUUCUUCAUUCAUUCAACAAAAUUUGGCUGGAA